AUGUCUUCUCUAUUAGCCCUCUCUUCCCCCUCCCCUUCAAGAACUAGGCCAAACCUCCCUCAUCUUUCCUCUACCUUUAAGCUUCUGCGAUUCAAGAUUCUUCUACUACAACGCAGAGCAGCUUUCGGUUUCGGCUUGAUAACUUGGGUCCUCAACCCAGGUCUCGAAAGAAGGCGAAGAGAAAGGGAAGAGGUCAUGCUGUUGGACAAGGGGGCAGCUGUGGAUUUAGAAAGAGGGGUCAGAAAUUCACGUCGGGACCUGGAGUCUGAAAGGGGUUCGAAGGUGCCAAAAUGCCGGUGUACUGGAGAAUUCCUAAGCUGA